GAUUUCACUAAAAUUUGUGCAGACUGUGACGGAUGUCAUAAUGUUAAAAUUGCUGUUGGUAUUGACAACAUCAACAUGUUUGCUGUCAACAGUUAAAUCCGUUCAACCCAUUGGCACUGGUGGUCCUUCGUACAUAUUGGCAGGCAAAGAUGCCCUACUGACGUGUGUGGUCUCAGAUAAUCCUGGCAAUAACACUGUGAUAUGGAAGAAAGGUGACGAAAUAUUAACCGCAGGCAAGGUUCGGGUGACCAGUGAUCCGCGUGUUAGCAUAUUACACGACGAAAGCCCCAAUGGCAAAGUGGAGUCGGGUGGUGAGGUUUGGGUUUUACUUAUUAAACGCCUGAAGCCUUCGGAUAAGGGCACAUAUAUCUGUGAAUUAAAUUCGGAUCCAGUAUUACGUAGCAUACAUAUUUUAGAUGUUAGGACAAUGUAUAAAUCCUUGGAUAGAGGUAACAGCACCUCAACUUCCACCUACUCCAAUAGGCGCGAUGACGGCACAUUGGCCGGUGAGGCGAGUGAUGUAUUUCUAGUGCCACCUCCCCUGGAUGCCACCGAUAAUCGCUCGUUUUGGCGCACCGGGUCGGUGCCAGCCCAGGUGACGCAUGACUUUACCGAAUGCUGUGAACGUGAUAAUGUAAGCCAAAGCUGCAUGGGCUUCUGCAAUGUACACAACAUUUUGGACGGCACCACAGGCAUUGAGCCGGAGGCGUGCGAAAAGGAUUUCCCUCAAAUCGUGCGCUGCAUGGCGGAUGGGCGCAACCAUGUGCCGUGUUGUGUAAAGAAACAAAUUCCCGAUUUGUGUCAGGAUAUGUGUCGCGGCGAAUACACCCCCUUUACGGAUAUGCUGCGGACUCGAGUGUCCUGUGUUCACCAUACACUAAGUGGGCUGCAGUGCAUAUUGCAGGGCGUACAGCAAAUACCCAGCACACCGCUAGAUGUGGCCGUCAGUGAGGUGGGCGACACACGUGUCACUGUUAGCUGGUCACCGCCUGAAAAGCUAGGCAACAUGGUCCAACAAUAUAAAGUCAAUCUCACGGAAUUGCAUUCAUUCGAUGAGGACGAUGAUGAUGACGAUGCAGCGACUUCUACAGACGCUGAUGGUACUGCUGUCGAUGGGAAAGUGGCCAAAUCGCGUUUGGCCAAAAAGGAUGAAACUAUCAUAGUGCAUGCGGUGAAUGGAAAUGAUACCUCCAUCAAGAUAACAAAUCUUAAGCCACAGCGUAUGUAUGGCAUUGUGGUGACAGCGGAAAAUGAGCAUGGCUCCAGUUUGCCCAGUGAGCGUUUGCGCAUCUACACCCAUACCAGUGCCCUGAGCACGGAAGAGGAAUCAGGGCCGCAACAGAAAUCGGAAAUACCUAAUUUGCCUGACAUACGCAGUUGUUGUGAGAGCAAGGGCAUGACACAUCGCAUGUGUUUGGACAAAAUGUGUGAUCCUCAAAAGACAGACUUGGCAACACUGCCCGACUUUAUGGUAUGCGCCCCUUGGUCUAAUAUCACCUUCAGUUGUUUGGCCAAUAACAUAGAUCACACACCAUGCUGUCGAUCGCGGGGCAUACCCAAUGCCUGUUUUCCUUUGUGUUCGGGCAAGGUGUCUACACUGGACUUUAAUUUGUUCAAGUGUCUUCGAUUCAUGUCGGAAUACAGCAGCUGUCUGUUCCAGGGCUAUGGUGUUUUGGCCGACCCCCCUUCAAAACUACGCACUAUUGCCAAAAAGGACACUUUCCUUAUCUUGGACUGGAAUAAACCAAAGAGAUUGGCUGAUACUAUCAGCACUUUUCAUGUCAAAUUUAGGCGUUUAGGAGUUGGUGAUGAUUACAAUACAGUGGAAAAGAAAAGUCCACCACUUAUAUUGGAGGGCCUGGAGCCUGAGGUCUACUAUGAGUUCUAUGUGGUCUCUGUAAAUGCAUAUGGCAAAAGUGAGCCCUCGCCACGUCUAAUCACACGCACCAAGCCCAUCGAAGUGGAAGAUGCCGAGGAGUCCGGCUACGAUAUGUUUACAUGCUGCCAAGGAUCCGGGCUUUUGCCACAAUGUGUGCCAUUAUGCAGUUACAACAUACGCCUGUCGGACAUUGAGAAACUGGGACCAGCGUGCCGGGCACAAAUGUCCAUUAUUGCCAAAUGUGCUGCUGGAGGUCGUGAUCAUACACCCUGCUGUGUCCGCAGAGGUGUACCCUCAACAUGUAUGUCAUUGUGUCGAGGCGUUUUACCUGUGGCCCACACCUCUUCAUUAGCAACUAGCAGCAGCAGCAGCAGCAGCGGCAAUGGCAAUUCCAAUGCCACCACUGAUUGUCUAUCGUAUGCGGGCAAUAUCCUGCAAUGUCUGGAGGAGGGAACCGAUAGCAUACCUGGUCCCGUCAUUGACCUACAUGCAACCACGGUUAGCAACACUUCAAUAUCACUAACAUGGUCACAAUCCGAUGUCGAGGCCGGCAACAAUUCAACCGAGACGCAGUCAGCAGAAGCAACUAAAACCAAUGACAAAUCAACAGAUGAUGCAACAUCAUCGUCGUCGCUGGUGACCGCAAGUCCAAUUGCAACGGCAGUAGCCACAUCCACCUCAUUGGAUGAUAAUAUUGAUUUUAUAGUCCAGUAUGGCAAAGUCAAUAACAUGACCAUGUAUGAGACCGUGGCCAAAUUGGAAAAUGAAUUGACAACCAACGAAACAUCAAUAGAGUUGGUAAACUUGGAACCACAUGCCUUGUAUCGCAUCAUGGUAUUACAACGCGGUAAAUUUGGCACAUCGUUGCCAUCUUCGAUGCUGUUAAUCAACACUACGGAGAUCGAUAAUAGCACGGCCAACGAAAAAGUGGAUCAACAGCAGAAACCUAUUUAUGGAGCACCCUCGCCGCCACAUUCAUUGGCUAUUAUAGCUCACAGUGCCACAUGGAUGCAGUUGACAUGGCAGCCGCCAGAGUAUUCGCAUCCCCAUGAGAAAAUCACCUACAGAGUCUAUCACAAACCCAUGAAGGCAGAAAAAUUCAACAAAAUUGAAACCAGGGUGUCCUGGUUGCGUAUGGGUAACUUAAAGCCCAGUUCGCAGCAUAUCCUCUAUGUUGAAGCUGUAGGAGAGAAGGCCACUUCAAUGCCCUCAGAAACUUUGGUGGCAUGGACUGAUCCCGCCCUGCCAGCUUUUGUGGAUCCACCAACUGUUCAUCCCGCUGAUAAUGUGCCCGAGGGAGGUUCAAUGACCAUCCUAUGUUUGGCCUUGGGUAAUCCUGCACCCACGAUCUCAUUAUAUGUGGGUGGCCAUUUGGUGCGUCAGGAUACCUCUCGUCAUAUGGUGACAGUGAUACACAAUGUAACAGCGGACAUGGAACAUGUGUCCUGCUAUGCUGACAAUGGCUAUGGAGUACCAAUGCAGGCCACCAGAAAAGUUAAUAUAUGCUAUCCCCCCAAGAUUCAGGCCGCCGGCAUUACCGUAGCCUCUGUAGGCAAUGAGGUUGAGCUGCGUUGCAUGGUUGACUCUAAGCCCAAACCCAAGACCAUAUUUUGGCGUGAUCAUGAUGGCCGCAUACCGGUCAUAGAAGGUGGCAACUAUCACAUAAUGCAACGUACCAAUGAAUCACGUCCCAAUUUCUAUACCAUGGUCUUGCGCAUCAACAAACUACAGGCCAGUGAUGUGGGGGAUUACUUCUGUCACGCAGAAAAUCCCUUUGGCUCUACCACCAUACCGGUUUCGGUGCGCAUACGCAAUACGCCCGCUUUGAAUCACAAUGUAACUGAAUGUUGUGCCCAAAUGAAUGUUUCGAUGGCUUGUCGCAGCGCCUGCAGUUAUUAUGUGGACAUAGAUGCCAUAGCAGACAAACCUGAGUGUAUUGUGGAAUUUGAUAAGCUGAUGCGUUGUGCUGCCGAUGGUUCGGAUCAUCGCACUUGUUGUGCCGAUUCAAAUGUUCCACGCAAAUGUUUGAAUUGGUGUCGUGGUGAGCCUGUGCGCUCCAAGGAGAUUUGCAGUUUACAAUAUGCUCGGACGAUAGUGGGUUGUUUCGAGUCGAAUCGUGAUCGCCUGCCGGGACCACCAGAGAACAUAGCCGUUAGUGUUGUCUCUGACAGUGAGGUGGUGAUAAGAUGGGACCCUCCAACCAAAAAUCCCAACGUUGUUGAUGGUUAUCGCAUAUUCUACCAUGAAGCGACCGUAAUAGGAAACGAUAUGACAGCCAGUGAGACUAUGACUGGUGGUGGAGGUGUCAACGCUGCCGCUUUGGAGCCAACUUUGCUUAAUGGCAAUGCAACAAGCAUGCAAAUGGGUGGCAAUGCCAAUGCCACAACAUUCAGCAGUAGUGAAGUGAGACGAAUUGAUGUCAAGGAGACGAGCGUGAAUAUAGAUGGUCUCAAAAAAGAUGUCCUAUAUGAGUUGGUUGUGAAAGCUGGUAAUACCUUUGGUGCCAGCGUUUUAACGGAACCGAUAAAAUUCACACUUGGCGAGCACCAUGUUACCUCGGCGACAACAUCCUAUUCGAAUGCUGUGGGCACGAUAAGCGGCAUAGUUGCAAGCAUUCUGGCGGUGCUCUUAGCAGCGGCUGCCAUUAUAUUCUAUAGACGACAUCGAGCAAAUGGUAAGGCAGCCACUGGAGUGGCUUUUGAAAAUCCCACAUACACUCGUGGUUUAGAACAAGUGCAGCUGCCAACUGUAACAUCAGCCCUGACGCAUACCAAUGGCAACUUUAGUCGGUCUUCGGGCAACUCUUCACAGGCACCGUCUACCAUGACUACCACAACAACCACUACUAAUACAACACCUGCCAGCGCUAUGUGCCAAAGACCAGCCAUGAGUACCAAGGUGGGGACGGCUAUCGUCGGCGGCGGCGGUGGUGGUUUUGCUAAUAAAACCUCAAAACCCGAUGGCUUAGAUGCGCACACCCAAUGCAAUGAAGUGAAACCCUCAAUCUAUGAAGAGCUGAAACUUGGCCAAGAAGGUGCGGGAUUUAAGAAGCUUGUGCCAUAGACCCCAUGCCCCUGAAAAUCCCCAAUAAAAGUUAACACCAGCCCAUGCUCCCAGUAAGGCUAUAAGCACAGCAGAGAGUAUUUUGUUAUCCUUAACUUCCCAUAUGUGAUCACUAUCCCUGCAAUCUUUGUAUACCCGCCCCUAACAAACCCUUAAAAAUAUCCUCUUCCAGCACUAUCUAAUCAUAUACAUACACGUUUAUACAUAUAAAAAAAAAAAAAAUUGAUAUACAUAUUUUUAAAUGCUAUUACCAGCAAAACAAAAACUAUUUUUUAAGAGUAUAGCUAUAUAAAAAAAAAAUGUAAUCAAAGGAUGUUGUUAUAAAAUAAAAAAGCAAUGUAAGAUAUAAAUAAAAAAAAGGAAACAAAAAAUCCUUAAGGGUAAGCUUGAUUUGAAAUGCUAGAUAUAUAACUUUAAGAGGGCUAGAGUUAGACAAAAUCAAUGAAUGUGGUGUAGAUAAGGUUAAGCCAACCAUAACAAAUAAUCCAAUGUAUAUCAUAAAAGUUAGUGUCCUAAUGUACUGUAGGUAUUUGCUAAAAGGUAAUGUAAAAAAUUUCAAAAAAAAAAAAAAUCCACAAUCCUAGAUUUUAUGCAGGCUGUACAAUAUAUGCCACUUUCAAGAAAAAUUCCAUAAAUUACACAAAUAAAGAAAUAACAAAAUA